AUGAAUUGUACCGAAUUCUUGGUGACUCUUUAUGCAAAGCUUUACCAUGCUUUCCACGCAAUCACCGGAUGUGAUUACACGCCAGCUUUUUUUAGAAAAGGCAAAGUUAAGCCUUUUAAAAUAUUAGAAAAUUCUGAGGAAUACCAGUUAGCUUUUGAUAAUAUAAUUUCGGAUGAUAAAGAAGUACUUGAAACUACGUUUGUAACCCUGGAGAAAUUUAUUUGUCAAAUGUAUGGAGUUAAAAAUUGUUCGAUUGUUAAUGAUGUUCGAUUUCAUUUAUUUUCAAGUACGUUUAAGUCAAAAAAAUCAGAUGAGAACUUUGACAAAAAAUUUCGAAACUUUGACUCAUCCAGUUUGCCACCCUGUAAAGUGGAAUUGGAACAGCAUUUAUUGAGGGUUCGUUACGUGACGAAAAUUUGGAGAAAUGCUCACUCAAAACAUCCAACAUCUUUAUCUCCAAUGGCUUUUGGGUGGACCAUUAACGGUGACAAAUAUGAUUUUGUUUGGUUUUUGGGAGAUCAAUUACCAUCCUCAGUUGCAGAUAUUAUUGUUCAAAAUGAUUUAGAAGAUAACGAAAGUUCCCAAGAAGAUGAUAUGAAUGACACCGACAAAGACAGCGACGAUGAUGAUGAUGAUUAUGAAGAUGACUCUUUUUUGUGA